CCAGAACCUCCACAGAUUAAAGAUGAACAGGAAGAACCUCUACGGUUCAGAUAUAACAUAAAAACUCACCUAGGAGCGAAGCCUUUUUCAUGUAAAGAAUGUGAUAAAAAUUUCAAUCAAAAGUCUUACCUAAAAAGACACAUGAAAAUUCACACACGUGAAAAGCCUUUUUCUUGUAAAAAAUGUGACAAAAUUUUUAACUAUGCAUUUCAUCUCAAAACACACAUGAUAAUUCACAUAGGUGAAAAGUCGUUUUCUUGUAAACACUGUGAUAAAAGUUUUAGUAAUUUAUCUACUCUCAAAUCACACACGAUAACUCACACAGGAGAGAAGCCCUUUUUAUGUAAAGAAUGUGAUAAGGGUUUUAAAUAUAAAUCAACUCUCAAAAGGCACAUGAGAACUCACACAGGAGAGAAGCCCUUUUUAUGUAAAGACUGUGAUACAAGUUUUAAACAUAGAUCUACUCUCAUAAGACACAUGAGAACUCACACAGGAGAGAAGCCCUUUUUAUGUAAAAAAUGUGAUAAGAGAUUUAGACAAGAAUCUUAUUUAAAAAAACACACGAGAACUCACACAGGAGAAAAGCCUUUUUUGUGUAAGGAAUGUGAUAAGAGAUUUAGACAAAAAUCUCAUAUAGAAAAACACAUGAGAACUCACACAGGAGAAAAGCCUUUUUUGUGUAAACAAUGUGAUAAACGUUUUAGUCAAAUAUCUAAUCUCAAAAAACACAUGAGAACUCACACAGGAGAAAAGCCUUUUUUGUGUAAAGAAUGUGAUAAGAGAUUUAGACAAGAAUCUCAUAUAAAAAAACACAUGAGAACUCACACAGGAGAAAAGCCUUUUUUGUGUAAAGAAUGUGACAAAACUUUUAGUUGUGUAUCUACUCUCAAAAGACACAUGAUGAAUCACAGGAGAAAAUCCUUUUUUGCCUAA